UUCCCACUCACCGGCCUUUGACUCGGCCUUUGACUUCUUUUCCCGGUCAAAGCGUGGAACGCUCCGGAUCUGAACGCCUGGAACGCUCCGCGGAACGCCGAACGGCCAUGCCGAACAAGUCUGGGGAUCCGGUGAUUUUGGACCCUCGCGAUGCCAUGGCCGUCAGCAAGUGCCAAGUGAAGAUGCAGCCGCCCAAGGGCGUGCCGACCACGCGGGAGACCUGGCGGCCCUUGUGGAAGAAUCACAGCAAUCCUUUCCAGUUUGAUCGUCAGUACUUGCAAGCCAUCGAGCUCGCGCGUCUUCGCACCAUGGAGAAGCAGCAAGAUCGGAGGUUAAAGGCACUUACGGGUCCGUCUCCCAGCCUGGCCGUUGGCUUCACUCAUACCGCUGAUCUCUUCAACCCUGAGGACGGCAACAGGUACCACAAUCCGCUCUCGCGAUCCGCCAGUUCACCCGCCAUGGCCACGUUCCAACGGCAUACCAAUGCUUUGAGCAACUGCACGGCAGUCCUGACUGGCGGCCGUGGCUUUGAGAAGAAUUGCUACGAUCAGGGGACGCAGCCUCUAAGAGGCACGCAUCUUCCAGGAUAUCAAGGUUAUGUGCCGGGCUUCAGUACGAACAACCUGUCGCUGGGCAAAUGCUUUAGCCCAGCCACCACGGUGCCUUAGCGUGGGUUACGCCGAUCUGGGUGUGGCAGUGAGAUCAUUCUGUGAAGUCACAGGUUUUUCGCUUCAGGAUGGUUCAGAGGAUCCUCCUAGACAUUUCUGCAUGGCAAACCCAGAGAAUUCCAAGCGUGGAUUGCCAUGGAACACAUGGAAUAAUUCGACGUCAGUGGCACAUCUCAGGUGAGCAAACAGGGUAGGUUUUCCCGAGGGUGUCCUGUCCUGUCCAUUGAGGCUUUGGGCCGUUUCCGAGAUGGCGUUCAGGGUUUGCCAAGACCGAUGCCAUUUAUGCACUCCUGAGCUAGGUUUUCUGGCUGUUUCACUGCGACACCAAACGGUGGACAGUUCUUGCGUUCCGCAUGCGAACGGUGGGCCAUGUUUGAUGCAUUGGCCAACCACAGCUUGCUGCGAUUUCGUCACUCGUGCUUUAAAAGAAUAAGAACUGAUGGACUCUGAAAAGUAUAAAUCAGUAUGAAAAAAACGAGAUUAGCAAAGAAAAGCGAAUUAACAUGAAGAAGCAAAUCACUUUGCUUUUAUGUAUUUGCAUUGUUUUUUUGGGGCCGUUUUUCAUGCUAAGUGCACCUUCGGGUACGCCAGUGGUACUUGCCAGGUUGGAGGCCAUCGCUAGUAGGUUGGAGGCCAUCGC